GCCGGGCGGAUGGUACGUGUGGGAUCGGGUUGUGAGUCGCUCUUUCCCUUCAUCCCUGGUGCUCGGGUUUGAUCUUGCCCUAUAUGCCGCAUUCCGACUCAUCGCGCCGGUCUCUCUCGGCGGACGUUGUAAUCACUCUUCGCUUGCGUUUCGCCGGAGCUUGUUAGAAAGACAGCGACAAUGGGGAUUGAUCUUAUCGCCGGUGGUCGUAAUAAGAGGACCAAGCGUACCGCUCCCAAGAGCCAAAAUGUUUAUCUUCAGCUGCUUGUGAAGCUGUAUCGGUUCUUGGUAAGGAGGACAGACAGCUCUUUCAAUGCUGUUGUCUUGAAGAGAUUGUUCAUGAGCAAGACGAAUCGGCCUCCUCUGUCAUUGUCCAAGCUCGCGAAGUACAUGGAGAACAAGCCGGACCAUAUCGCCGUCAUUGUGGGGACUGUCACGGACGACGUCAGACUGUAUGAGGUGCCGAAGCUGACGUUAUGCGCUCUGCGUGUCACCGAAACCGCCCGUGCAAGAAUCCUGAAGGCGGGAGGAGAGAUUCUUACGUUCGAUCAGCUGGCUCUCCGAGCGCCAACCGGGUCUAAGACGGUAUUGCUGCGCGGACCGAAGAACGCACGUGAGGCGGUCAAGCAUUUUGGCCCUGCUCCCGGUGUGCCCCACAGUCACACGAAACCCUAUGUCAGAGCCAAGGGAAGAAAGUUCGAGAAGGCGAGAGGAAGAAGGAACAGCAGAGGGUUCAAGGCCUGAGAAAUGCCUCCGGCCGAUCUAUUUUUGUGCGACUGCAGGCCACCUCUCUCUCUCUCUCCCUCUCUCUCUGCUUACGGCGUUUCGUUUGCUCUAUAUGCGAUUCAACACGUGCAGCUGCUCUGCUUGCCGCUGAUCCUCGCGGCAUCAUCUUUUUCCUAAACCGCAUCGUCGAGACCUGUGAAUGGGAUCUGGAAGAGUGGAUGAUCGAGUAGGUGUUGAACUCCUAUCGGCCUCGGCUUUGGAUGGGCUCCCUUCUCUGGAAGGGGAUAAUAACGUGAUGAUUACUAAUAUCCAUGAAUCCGUGCAAGAACGUAACGACUGAGUGAAUGUUUCUUGUGGUGGACUCAUGGAUUUUCAGAAUUGCCCUUAUGGAUUUUCAGAAUUGCCCUUGUGAAACGGCGGAGUCAGUGUUGUCGAAGCAGGGUGAGGAAUGCAAUUCAGCCAUUGUUGAAACGAUUACGGGAUAAAAGGCGGAGCUCCAUUCGUAUUUUGUGUCUUUCCGUUUGUGCGUUCCUUCUCUUUUUUUGUUUUUGUGGAUUUCAUUGGUUUGUGUGUCAAAAUGAAUCCGCUUUGUGUGAGAAAAAAAGCUGGGGUGGUCAAAAUGAAUCCGCUUUGCUCGAAGGGAAGGCAGUGAGCGAAUUUGUGUUUUGUGAAUUAAUGGUCUUUUUGCGGGAUUGUGCGUGUGAAACGGUGUGAGCGUUGUCCAAGUAGGGUUAGGAAUGCAGUUCAGCCAUUGUUGAAACGACUACGGGAUUAAGAAGUGCUGUCUUUUGAAAGCAUUCAAAGUUUCUUGUUUGAAAUAAUCGAAACACAUCAAAAUGGUGUUCGUCCAUUUGUGUGUCCAUUGCACGGGCUCUACAUUUCGUUGUUUUGCCUGCCAGUGUCAACACGAAUUUCCAGUUUUUGAUUAUGACCCGCACGAAAGGCGUAACGAUCUGGGCGCUGUCUCGGAGAGAGACUCGGUGAAAUAGACAUGUCUGUGAAGAUGCGGACUACCUGCACCUGGACAGAA